AUCGCCAUUUGUAAACAAGUAAAAAUCGAAAGCGGAAGUGGCUAUUGACAUAGGAAUUGAAAGUGAAAGUGUGGAAAAGGGUUGUUCACUUGGUGACGAUUCCUGAAUAUUGAACACGUGGACUAUAUCUACUGCUGAAAAAAAGAAACGUUUUCAGGUUGUUUUUUUUCAUCAUCAGGAAUCUUAAAAAUAACAGAAACUUGCUUCAAAUAUGUCGAUGGACAUGAUGGAAGUGGAUGAUUCGAUUCCAGAUGAUCUGGAAGAGUAUUAUAUGGGAAAUGAACAUAGAGGACAUGUCUUAAUCAUUGCAAAUGAAAAAUUUGACAGUCCUCAGAUUGAAAAUCGUUAUGCAGCGAAGCAAGAUGUCAGAAAGAUGAAAGCUUUAUUUGAAGCCCUGGAUUUUAAAGUAACAUAUUUUAUGGACUUGAAAGCUCAUGAGAUGAAACAAGAAAUUGAAAAUGUUAGCAAGUCACCUGAUAAUAGGACAGCAGACUGCUUCGUCCUAGUUAUAAGCUCUCAUGGGCACGAAGAACAGGUAACAAACAGAGUAAACGGGGAAGAAGUUUGGCGUCAAGCUAUAAAAGGCGUUGAUGACGCUAUAAAAGGCGUUGAUGAUAAGAGACAUAUUUUUGUCGACAACAUCCUAGAAAUGUUUGACGAUAAAAUUAAUAAAGCCUGUACUCUGAAGGGGAAACCAAAGUUAUUUUUCCUGCAGGCAUGCAGGUCAGGCCAUUUGAAAGACAGAGAUGGGAUUUUAGGAGAGUAUGAUACAGGUACAAAUAUAAAAGUGUCAGUCACCAAUCUUUCCAACGUACAACCGACUACUGAUGAAUUUCGUGAUGACAAAAAAUUUAUUAACGCAGUUGAUAGAUUAGCAGGCUCAAAUCAGAGCGAUUUGCCUCCGGAUUCAGACAUCCAGGCCCUUCAUGGUUUUGCUCAACUGACACUCCAGGAACCAAAGGAUCAUGUUACUCCAAUCCCAUGCCCUGAAGAUUGCCUUGUUAUGUAUCCAGCCAUGCCUGGAAAAUUGUCUUUUAGAUUUGAAGGAAUAGGGUCAUACAUGAUCAGCUAUAUGUUCCUGGAAAAGUUUCGAAACUUACUGCUACAAGAAAAGUGUGACAUCUUACAGUAUUUGACAUUCGUCAGUCAUGCUAUGGCAAAAACAGAAAUUGAAUUUGAUCCUACAGUCGGGCUAGAUGCAGACAAACAAAAGAUGCUUCGAGAUAAUAUGCCCUUUAAGAUAACAGCUUGUCUCGACCACAGACUAACAAAAAUUUUGAAAUUUCACCCAAAGCCAAACGCUGUGUGGCAAAAACUGAAAGAAGAAGGAGCAUCAUUUAAAUUUUAGUGUUUCAAAAUUAAAAUACCGGCACCGAUUAUUACUACGGAGAGGGCUAUAGUGGAACCUCUUUGACCUGUCAGCCAAACCCAUCAUUCAGACCGACAAUUAAUCAGCCUCUACGAUAUAUGUUUCUAUAAAUCCUACACUCCUUGACAGAUUUUCUUCAAACUUUACUCAAAUGUUCACUUCCAAUAGUAGAUGUGCAGUGCACACAUCACUGCUGUGCCAGCUCAAAUGUUGACCUCAGCAAGAUAAUUUGAAGAACCUAUUCCACUGCUUUGCUGGCACAGGGUCAAGGUCACACAUGAAGGUCAAAUGUCAGACAGUGUCAUGUCCAAUCUAUAUUUCCAAUAUCUCUUGAAGGAUUUUCUACAAACUUGACUCAUUUGUUCAGGUUAACAACGUGAUGUGCAGAUUCCAUGUCACUGCUGUGUCAGUUCAGGGUCACACUUGAAGGUCAAAAUGUCAAACAAACUUGGGUCUGCUCCUUGAUCCACUUAUCUCUUGAAAGGGUUUUGUAAACUUUGGCUCAAAUGUUCUGCAUAACAAGGCAAUAUGCAGAAGUUAUACCACUUCUGUACCAACUCAAGGCCAAAGUCAGACCAAAAGAUAAAUAUCAGACAAUUUUUCGUCCUCUCAAUAUAUCCUAUACCUUUUGAAUGUUUUUCUUUAAACUGUGCCAGCUAAAGGUCAAGGUCACAUUGGAAGAUAUCAUUCAGGCAUUUUUCCACCCUUUGAAACAUUUGCUUCCAGUACUAUGGCUUGUUUAACAAGGUCAAGUGCCGAACCCUUGCCAUGCUUGUGUUAGAUCAAGGUUGAUUAUUAGUUGUUUCCACCUUAAUGUUUUAACUUGGCUCAAAUGUUCAUAUCAACAAGAUGAUGUACAGAGCCAAUGCUGUGGCCUUGCAAGGUCAAGGUCACUCUUUAAGGUAAAAUGUUUCAAUGAUAUUUUUGUGUCGGCAGAAAUUAUUGUGUGUUCACACUAUGAAUUCAAUAUUCUUUGAAAGACUUUAAUGUGUCAGCACAAAUUAUUUUGUGUUAACACAAUAAAUUCUAUACACUUUGAAAGACUUUCUAAUGUUUACCUUAAGAAAAUGAUGAAUAAACUUACAUAAAGAUACAUGUAUGUGUAAAUGAAAUGGUAGGGCUCUAAUGGUCACUUCUGUGACAGCUAUAAUUUUGUACUGAUUUAGAACAAUGUUUUUUGUUUUGAGAAGCAUUGCAAUAUUUGAAUUAUUAAUUCAGGUGCCAAACUGCCUUCAAUCAAUUAAGCAUUGCAAUAUUUCAUUUGUUUUUUAGCUUACCUGUCACAAAGUGACAGGGUGAGCUUUUGUGAUCGCUUUUCGUUCGGUGUCCGUCUGUCCGUAAACUUUUGCUUCAAAUGACAUCUCCUCAUAAACCACUAAGCCAAUUUCAUCCAAACUUCACAGGAAUGUUCCUUUGGUGGUCACUUUUAAAAAUUGUUCAAAGAAUUUAAUUCCAUGCAGAACUCUGGUUGCCAUGGCAACCGAAAGAAAAAACUUUAAAUAUCUUCUUUUAAAAAGCCCAAAGAGCUAGAGAUUAGAUAUUUGGCAUGAAACAUCUUCUAGUAAGUGUCUACCAAGUGUGUUCAAAUAAAAGCCCUGGGGUCAAAAUUGGCCCUGCCCCAGGGGGUCAUUGAUUUUCCCUAAAUACAUAUAAUAAAAACUUAAAAAUUAUUCUUUUAAAGAAACCAUGGAGCUAGAGCUAAGAUAUUUAGCAUGAAACAUCUUCUAGUAAGUGUCUACCAUGUUUGUUCAAAUAAAAGCCCUGGGGUCAAAAUUGGCCCCGCCCCAGGGGGUCAUUGAUUUUCCCUAUAUGCAUAUAGUAAAAACUUAAAAAAUCUUCUUUUAAAGAACCCAUAGAGCUAUAGCUAAGAUAUCUAGCAUGAAACAUCUUCUAAUAAGUGUCUACCAAGUUUGUUCAAAUAAAAGCCCUUGGGUCAAAAUUGGCCCCGCCCCAGGGGGUCAUUUAUUUUCUCUAUAUGCAUAUAGUGAAAACUUAAAAAAUCUUCUUUUAAAGAACCCAAAGAGCUAGGGCUAAGAUAUUUAGCAUGAAACAUGUUCUAAUGGGUGUCUAAAAGGUUUGUUCAAAUAAAAGCCCUGGGGUCAAAAUUGGCCCUGCCCCGGGGGUCAUUGAUUUUUCCUAUAUGCAUAAUAGUAAAAACUUAAAAAAAUUUCUUUUAAAGAACCCAUAGAGCUAGAGCUAAGAUAUUUAGCAUGAAACAUCUUCUAAUAAGUGUCUACCAAGUUUGUUCAAAUAAAAGCCCUGGGGUCACAAUUGGCCCCGCCCCAGGGGGUCAUUGAUUUUCCCUAUAUGCAUAUAGUAAAUACUUAAAAAAUCUUCUUUUAAAGAACCCAUAGAGCUAGAGCUAAGAUAUUUAGCAUGAAACAUCUUCUAAUAAGUGUCUACCAAGUUUGUUCAAAUAAAAGCCCUGGGGUCAAAAUUGGCCCCGCCCCAGGGGGUCAUUGAUUUUUCCUAUAUGCAUAUAGUAAAAACUUUAAAAAUCUUCUUUUAAAGAACCCAAAGAGCUAGAGCUAAGAUAUUUAGCAUUAAACAUGUGCUAAUGGGUGUCUACAAAGUUUGUUCAAGUAAAAGCCCUGGGGUCAAAAUUGGCCUGGCCCCAGGGGGUCAUUUAUUUUCCUUAUAUGUGUAUAGCAAAAACUUAAAAAAUCUUCUUUGAAAAAACCCAAAUAGCUAGGGUUUAGAUAUUAAGCAUGAAACAUCUUCUAGUGAGUGUCUACAAAGUUUGUUCAAGUAAAAGCCCUGAGGUCAAAAUUGGCCCUGCCCUGUGGGUCAUUGAUUUUCCUUAUAUGUGUAUGGCAAAAACUUAAAAAUCUUCUUUGAAAAACCCAAAUAGCUAGAGUUUAGAUAUUAAGCAUGAAACAUCUUCUAGUAAGUGUCUACAAAGUUUGUUCAAAUAAUAGCCUUGGGGCUUAAACUGGCCCCGCCCCAGAGGUGUCAUUGUUUUUAACUAUAUAUGUGUAUAGUAAAAACUGAAAAAAUCUUCUUUUAAAAAUCCCAAUGAGCUAGAGGUUAGAUUGCAGAAAACAUCUUUUUGUGGGUGUCUACCAAGUUUGAUCAAAUAAAAGCCCUUGGGUUAAAAUUGGCCCUGCCAAAGGGGGGUUGGGGAGGUCAUUGUUUUUCAUUAUAUGUUUGUAGUAAAAACUUAACAUCAUGAAACAUCUUCUAAUGAGUGUCUUCCAAGUUUGUUCAAAUAAAAGCCCUGGGGUUUAAACUAGCCCCGCUCCGGGGGCCUAAAUACAGGUGAGCGACCUCAGGGCCAUCAUGGCCCUCUUGUAUAAAUUUAGGUGCCAAACUGCCAUCAAUCAAUAAGCAUUGCAAUAUUUGAAUUAUUUACAAAAUUCAGGUGCCACACUGCCUUCAUUGAUUAAGCAUUGCAGUAUUUGAAUUAUUUACAAAUUCAGGUGCCAAACUGCCUUUAAUCAAUUAAGCAUUGCAAUAUUUGAAUUAUUUACAAAUUCAGGUGCCACACUGCCAUCAAUCAAUUAAGCAUUGCAAUAUUUGAAUAAUUUAUAAAUUCAGGUGUCAAACUGCCUUCAAUCAUGUGAAUCAUGUUUUUUUAUUUUUAUUGUUAUUGUUAAGUUUCAAAAGUAAUCAUGUCUGCAUCCAUGUAUAUAUAUGUAUUACAUCAUUAUUUUACAAAAAAUGUUUCGAAAUAUUUGGUUUAUACAGAAUUUAUUUUAGUUUGAUUGUAUAGGAAGCUAUAAGCUUAUAGACACAUUUUCAAAUACUUUCCUGGAACCAACCAGUACUGAGCAAUGAGUGUAAAGUUUUUUGCUCAAGGAAACAACGUCUUGCUCCUGACAGGGUUUGAACCCAUGCGGCUAGCGAUCAUUAGCUAGACCGACACGUUAACCACUCUGCCAUGCUGCCACUGUUUCAAAAAAUAUUUAAUCAAGCAUCAGCCUUCAAUAAUUGGGAGACAAGAAGAAAAAUUAAUUUACCAUCUUUUUAAAUAAAACAGGCUUUCGUCUUUAGCAGGGUGCUGGGGUUCCAAUUGAAACAGAAUUUCGUCUUUAGCAGGGUGCUGGGGUUCCAAAUGAAACAGGAUUUCGUCUUUAGCACGGUGCUGGGGUUCCAAAUGAAACAGGAUUUUGUCUUUAGCAGGGUGGGGUUCCAAAUGAAACAGGAUUUCGUCUUUAGCACGGUGCUGGGGUUCCAAAUGAAACAGGAUUUCGUCUUUAGCACGGUGCUGGGGUUCCAAAUGAAACAGGAUUUCGUCUUUAGCAGGGUGCUGGGGUUCCAAAUGAAACAGGAUUUCAUCUUUAGCAGGUUGCUAGGGUUCUAAAUAAAACAGGAUAAUGUCUUUAGCAGGGUGCUGGGGUUCCAAAUGAAACAGGAUUUUUUCUUUGGCAGGUUGCUUAACAAGGUUUUCAUUCUUUAGCAGAGCACUUGGGCUCCUAAUGAAAUGGGUUCUUCAUUCUUUGACAAGGUGCUUGGUUUACAUUUAAAACAAGGUUUUUCCUUCUUAAAGCAGCACGCCUCCAGAUUCAUGCUUAUUUUCAUGAAAAUUUUGAAAAUGUAUUUGAAUGUACUGUAUCAUAUUGUGAAAUAACCAAAAGGAAGCAAUUUACACAUUAUCAAUGGCACUUACAACCCAUGUAAAUUACAAAAAAGUGGUCAAAAUAUGCAUAAAUAGCCCUUACUGCGUUUGUUAAGCAGUAGAAAUAUACUUGUAAAUACCGAAAAAUCAGUCAUUAACCGCAUAUAACAUGUAAAAUAUUACUUGAAUCUUGAAUCAUUUUACCUUUCCUAAAAUUUUUGUACAUAUUUCUCACGUUUGAUUUUAUUGAAAUAUUUUGACUCAUCUGGAGGCAAGCAGCUUUAAAAUAAAUAGCUUGGUGCUUGGUUAGGAAAUGAAACAGGAUUUUUCCUAGUUUGGCAGUAGCCUGGCCAAAAUGGCAAAAUUGAAAAUGUUGCAGACUUAGUUUGAUUUAGCUAAUUAUAGAUGGUACUGGUAAAUUCAGAAUUCCGUCUAUGUCUCUGAAGCAGUAUUUAACAUUUAUACAUGACAAUGGUGGAAGUUGUUAGAAUUAAGAAACAUCCCCAAAUGUUUUCAUGAUAUUUUCAAACUUUUUUUGAGUCACAUUUAAAUGUAUCAUGUUCACUGGUCAUUUUAUUUAGAUUUUAAUUUUAUUAAAGACUUUGUUUUACCAUGGAUUUAUACAAACACUUCACAGAUUAUGUAUUUCCAUUGAUUUAUGCAAACACUAACAACGAAUGUGUGUUACCAUUGAUUUAUGCAAACAUUAAGUCCAACAAACUAUGUAUUACCAUUGUUUUUUGCUAGUACAAUCAUAAAUUUGUAUUACCAUUGAUUUAUGCAAACAUCUACAAACUAUGUAUUACCACUGAAUUAUGCAAACAUUAAAAGACUUUGUAUUACCAUUGAUUUAUGCAAACACUUUAUAGAUUAUGUACUAUAACCAUUGAUUUAUGCAAACACUUAACAGAUUAUGUACUAUAACCAUUGAUUUAUGCAAACACUGAACAGAUUAUGUACUAUAACCAUUGAUUUAUGCAAACACUGAACAGAUUAUGUACUAUAACUAUUGAUUUAUGCAAACACUGAACAGAUUAUGUACUAUAACCAUUGAUUUAUGCAAACACUGAACAGAUUAUGUACUAUAACCAUUGAUUUAUGCAAACACUGAACAGAUUAUGUACUAUAACUAUUGAUUUAUGCAAACACUGAACAGAUUAUGUACUAUAACCAUUGAUUUAUGCAAACACUUAACAGAUUAUGUAUAACCAUUGAUUUAUGCAAACACUUAACAGAUUAUGUACUAUAACCAUUGAUUUAUGCAAACACUGAACAGAUUAUGUAUUACCUUUGAUUUAUGCAAACAUUACUGAAUUAUUUAUCAUUGUCCAUCAUUGUAUUGUAUUUUAUUGAGAUGCUGUUAUUAUAUUUUGUGUUGGGUCAAGAGCUCAUUGGCCUGAACCAGUAUGUUGUUGUCCAUACAUGGUCAAUUCUUCUUUUUUUUCAUCUUAUAUGAGCGGCGUCACGACAAAACCAACAUAAUGGGUUUGCGACCAGCAUGGAUCCAGAACAGCCUGCGCAUCCGCAUCCGCGCAGUCUGAUCAGGAUCCAUGCUGUUCGCUUACAAACCCUAUAACAAGUAAAGAAACUGAUAGCAAACAGCAUGGAUCCUGAUCAGACUGCUCAGGCUGGUCUGGAUCCAUGCUGGUCGCAAACGCAUUAUGUUGGUUUUCUCAUGACACGGCUUAAAUACAGGUUGUUUUUAUAUAUCUUUGCAUGAAUGUAUUUUGAGGCACAGUGUUGGUUGUGUGGAAGAUUCAGGUCCUUGUGGCCAAGGUCAAGGUCACAUGCAGAUGUCAAAGGUCAGAUAUGAAAAUGAGGGUAAUAAAGAUUGGUGUUGCUUUCAUUUUGUAACAGCCAAGAUAACCAAUAUCAUCAUUCCAGUUUUGGCGCUAUAUGUCCUAAAUUGUGUUGGUGCGUUGUAAAACCAAACAAACAAAGCUAAGGGUAUUUAUUUAUGCCCUCUUAUUUGAAAUGUUAAGUUCUCCACAAAACUAUACUAUAUUUAAACAUUAAGCACAAACUGUUUCAGUCCUUUAUAUAUGGAAAGAUCCAUUUAUUAAAAUAAUAAUUAAUUUGACGCUAGGCCACCUAAUUUCUGGGACAGUCCCGGACGUUUUGGCAUGUAUGGUAUGUGAUGGCAGUUCCGGGUGACGAGGGAUAACAACAUGUCUUCAUCUGUAUAACAUUUGUUGACCAUCACAGAUCACCCAUCAAGGACCUGCAACCUUACACCUCAUUUAAAUUUGUAAAUAAAAGAAAACCUUUUAUAUUUCUUAAGGAAAUAUUUAUAUUUGAAUUUUUUUUUUAUUUCUAGGGCAACUUUUAUAUUUCUAAGGAAAUUUUUUGAUUUCUAGAGCAACUUUUAUAUUUCUAAGGAAACUUUUACAUUUUUCAGGAAAUUUUUAUAUUUCUAAGGAAACUCAUACAGUCUAACUUGCCCAUGCGACCACGUGUAUUAAGCGACUUUUGUCUUAUGCGGCCACUUUGAAUUCCCCCCGAUCAUUUUCUCUCUAUAUCUUUAGUGUAUUUAGCGACUUUUGCUCAACGCGACCGACCGCUAAUUAGUCAGCUAAUUGAAAUCAAUUUUUUCAUUAAACGACCACUUUACCUGUUUUUAGUGAACGCCGCCUCGUAAUGUCACAAGUGUCAACAAUCAAAACACAAUUUAAAAAUGUGUGAAAAACUCUAUUUGCCAAACCGUUUUAGUGUAUGCAAAUGAAGGUAGGUAUACGCGUGACGUGUAUUAUCCAAUAAUAUCGAUAAAACAAUGCAACUCUCCGCCCCUACUCAGAUGGUGUAUGCGCUCAGCUGUUGAUAUUUAAAGACUGCAUAGAAUUGACCUUGAACUUGAUCAGCAAUAAAAUUAAUUGUUACAAUCAGAUGUAGUUUGUUUAUUUCAAAUGAAAAAUGUACACCAGAAAGCGCUUCACAUAUUAGGGUUUUCAUGUUUGAGACAAGGAAAUACAACGGAGAAGUUCAAAAAUUCGGGAAAAAAUGUCAAACAUGUACGUAAUAGAUCAAAACUGUUUUCUCAAUAAAUAUCAGACAGUUAUUUUAUACAGUAGCAUCCAUUUAGAUUAUCGGAGCGUUCUAAUUAUUAAACAUUUGUAUUAAUGAAGUUGAAAAACAUUCCGCAAAAUAAAGAUGUCAUGUAUAAAUUUUGAUUUUUUAUCAUGCUUUGUCUUAAGAAACCGUUUAAUUAAGUGACCGUUUUGGGUGUUUCCCGUGCGCGGUCGCUUAAUGCAAGUAUGACUUUACAUGUAUUUCUAUGGACUCUUUUAUAUUUCUAGGGAACCUGUCAUAUUUUUUGGUAAUCUUCCAUAUUUCUAUGGAAUCUUUUAUAUUUCCAGGGAAUCUUUUACAUUUCUAGGGAAACUGUCAUAUUUCUAUGAAAAUUUUAUGAUUUCUAGGGAAACUUAAAUAUUUCUAAGGAAACUUACAUAUUUCUUGUAAAAAGUUAUCAUAGACAUUUUUCUUUGUAGUCAUUUUCAUUUAUGCUUCAAAUUACAGAUAUAUUUAGCAUUUCUUUCAUUUUCUUUGUGCAUGCAAACAGGUAAAUAAAGUUUAUAAUCAUCUGUCA